AUGUCUUGCCAUUUCUUGACUGUUUGCUUUUCUACAAAAAAUUUAUUAAUAAUUACAUUCUUUUUAUUUAUUUGUUGUUCUUCAGUUAAUUGUCGAUCUAUAACUAAUGGAAAUAAAAAUUUAUAUUUACUUGGAGGAAAACUUCAUUUAAAAUUAACAGAAAAAAUUGAGGAUUUUGAUAUUUCCAAUAAUUUAAUAGAAGAAGAGGAGAAGGAAGUGAAGGAAGAAAGUGUUUGUCCUAAAAUCAAAUAUUCAAAUGCUACAAUUAUUCGUUCAAUUAGUAAAACAACAGAAGAGCCCGUUUAUUUACAUCCAAAUACUAAAUUUCAAGUUAAAUUUUGUGAACAUUCUGCUGAUGAAAUGCCAAUUGAAAAACGUAAAUGUAAAGAAUGUGCUGUUGGGGCUAAUUGUGUGAAUACAUAUCGUUGGGUUAAUGCUUUAGUUCGUCACCAUUCUCCUUCCAAAAUUCAUUCAAAUAAUAUUGGAUAUAAACCUGAUUUAGUUCUUUUGCCAUUCGAUUGUCUUUGUGUUAUUGGUUGGAAAGAAAAAUUUGGAGUGAAAAAGGAAGCUAUAAUUUUUGAAUGA